UGUAAACGUAGACAACAGAGACCGAAUGCCUUCCAGAUUCAAGAUGGAGACCCCGUACAACGCGUCUUCCAUGUUGGUGUGGCAGCACUUCCGCAUCCCCCCUGAAGGCGCGGUGCCCGCCUUCCUCUUUGCCAGCCUCAGCUACACCGUGAUCCUCUUCUGCAACCUGCUCCUCAUCCUCACCAUCGUGCUGAGCAAGAACCUGCGGCAGCCCAUGCACCUGUUCCUGCUCAACAUGCCCGUCAACGACCUGCUGGGCUCGUCGGCCUUCUUCCUGCAGCUCCUCAAGGAGUUGCGAAGCGGCUCGGGGCGCUUGUGGCACCCGGCGUGUGUGACGCAGGCCUUCUUCAUCCACGUCUACGCGGCGGGCACCGUGCUCAUCCUCACCGCCAUGGCGUACGACCGCUACGUGGCCAUCUGCCUGCCGCUCAAGUACAACGCCGUGAUGACGUACGGCCACGUCGCGAGGAUCGUCGCCGCCAUCUGGCUGGCCUGCCUGCUGAUGAUCGCCGUGCUCUUCUAUCUGUUCCUGCGCCUGCCCCGCUGCCGUUCCACCAUCAGCAACAUCUACUGCGACCAGCCCACCCUGCUGGCUCUGGUGUGCGCCAACACGGCCGCCAACCACGCGUACGGCCUGUUUAUCGUGGCCGUCACCCAGCUGCUGGCCAACGGCGUCAUCGCGUACACGUACGCGCGCAUCCUGUUGGUGUGCUUCCAGGGCAGGCAAUCCGACACCAAGGCCAAGGCCCUGCAGACGUGUGCCACCCACCUCUUUGUCUUCCUGCUGCUGGAGUGUCUGGGGCUGUUCACCAUCAUCUCCUACAGGGUCAAGCAACUACCGCCCAGUUUCAGGGGCUUCAUGGGCUCCUCCACUCUCAUCUUCCCGCCGUCGCUCAACCCCAUCGUCUACGGGAUGAAGACCAAAGAGAUCCGGGACAAUAUAGUGCACUUUUUUAGGAGUAGAAUCCUCAAAUCCUGUGUCAGGGAUCGCCAUUCCUCAAGCUCGUAGGUUUUAGAAAACGACACGUUUUUUUCUUGCCACAAAUUCGUUGUCACCAGACUAAAAUUGUGUAGCGUAUUACAUCGAUGGAUGGAUAGAUAGGGCUACGUGGCGGAAUGUACAAUUAUCCUGUGUUGUCAAUUUGUUAACGCUCACACAA